CUUAAUACAAAAAUGAAGAGGGGAAGAAAGUCAAACAUUAGAAAGCAAUGGACACCUACCCAGGAUAAGUUCCUUACCUCCCUAGUGUCCUCAAGUGAUGUCAACUGGCCAGAGGUCGCUACACAGAUCAACAAGGAGUUUCCAAACUUGUCUAGGACUGGCAAAAUGUGUCGUGAAAGAUGGUCCAAUUACUUAAAUCCAGAUAUAAAUCAAAACAAGAUUACUCCUGAAGAAGAGGUUCAGAUUUUUGAUCUCUACAAGAAAUAUGGCAACAAAUGGGUUGAAAUUGCCAAGAAUCUGCCUGGCAGAACCGAGAGUUGGGUCAAAAAUCUGUACUAUGCCACUCUUAGGAGAUAUGUGAGGAACAUCAAUAAAUUCAAAACCGUACAGAGUGAAAUGAUUUGGCUUGAUGGAAUCCAAGUCAAUGAAAAGAUGCUCUCAGAGUUGUUCCUCAUAGAGCACAUAGAUUUCAAGAUAUUCCAGUGAAUUGACAGCCCUGAAUUUAAAAUCCUUUCAAAGAAAGUAGGCAAGAGUAGGAGACGCAAGGAUGGCCCUCUAGUAGAUUACAUCCUUGGUCGCAGAAAUUGUCAGGAUAAAAGGAAAACUAAAGCUGCUAGUAAAGAUUUUGAUGUCACUGCUGAGAAUAUCGAAACUUUGAACAGAAUUAAAAGGAUCCUGGAGCUUUUGAAAUCAACGAAUUCUAUAAAAUUAGCUCCUGUCAGAAUCCUGAAGGAGGAAGGCAAGGAAGGCCAGGUUGUAUGAAAGAGUAGGCCAAGAAGGAGAAGUACUCUUGGCAAAAACAAAAAUGAUUCCUCUACUUAUAAACAAGAAGCCCCUCCAAUGAGAAGGAGGAGUACUAGGAUUCAAGAAAAUUUUAUAAAACGAUGUUCGAAGGAGUUUCAAUAUUCAGCAUUUGUUAGUGCACCACCACAAAACGACCAUCCUAGGAGACUCACUGCUGGGAAGUUUGAUGCCAACAUUAACAAAAAUACUCUCUACAAUAUUCCAAAGCAGGCUCCUGUGGAGUCUCCUGUUCCUUUCAGGAAGGGAGUAUUUGGAGAAGAGAAGAAAGAAGAUAUCUUAACUGACAAUGAAUGUAACUCCCUGAAAUAUCCUCCCUUUAUGGACUUUAACAUGCCAGCAUUUGGACAAGGCCCUCGCAGAUCGUUUGCUGAUGAUAGACUCUCGAAUUCUCCUCAUCCAUUUAAGGAGAACAACUUCGGGUUCCCUGAUAACCUCACUGACAAUGAGAUAAAUGAUGCAAUAGAAAACAUUAGAAAUUUCAAUCCUAGGAAGAGGAAUUCUAUUACUGAUAGCGUUUAUCUCAAGAGACUCAGCGCGACCUCCUUAAACAAGUAUAACACAAGGUCGAAGGAUAAUGCUCAGAAUGAAUUAGUGCCCAGCAGAGAAACCUCAAACGGCAAUAAAGAGAGGUCUUCCUUCCGUAUGCAGCUCAAUAAUAUGAAUAAUGAGGAUCAACUGAAAUUUUUUAAGUCACUUUCUCAUUUCUCCAACCUGGGUCACCCAGAAAAUAACCAGAAAGGAAUUAGAAAUUCAAUGAUGACGAAGAUAGAUGAUAUUGGAGAUUUACAAAAUAGCAAACGUGGAUCAGCAAUCCCUCUAGAAGACUCUAACCUUCAGGAGUUUGAGAAGAUGAGAGAGGCUGGUUUCCCAUUCAAUGAGAAGGAUUACGAUUGGCUCACUACUAAUAGAUACAACACCAGGAAUUUCUCAAAGAGAAACUCAGCUAUAAGCAACCUCUCUUUGAUGCUUCACAGAGGUGAUCAAAGAGAGGAUAAUUAAGUAGCUUCAAAAUGAGAGCA